GAAUGUGCAGCAUUGUAUACCAUUCCGAGAUCGGCGAUUCACCGCCCCAGCAUCUCGACGUCGCCUUCUUCGAGGAGGUGCUGGAAACGGCUCUGCGUACAGCAAAGGUCCAAUUAUUGUCGAUUCACUGUAAACUCGGCAGCAGUACGGGUGAAAAUUAUUGUAGUAAAAUCUAUCGUGUGACAAUCGAAUAUAAACUGCACUCCGAUCCAAAGCAUACAAAACAACAAAUGUUUAUAGUGAAAAGUAUACCACGCAUUGAAUCAGUUGAGUUCAUUGAAGAUCUUCAGGUGUAUCUAAAGGAGAAGAUCACCUACUAUGAUGUUCUGCCCAGAUUGGAGUUGCUCAUGCAAUGCAAACAACGUUUCGGACCCAAACUCUAUCAGUGUAGAAAGCAACCAGAGAACGCCCUAGUGUUUGAAGAUCUUAGCGAAUCGGGUUAUGUGAUGGCCUCACGCGAAUCUGGACUAGAUGAGGAUCAUUGCAUUUUGGUCAUGGAACAUCUUGCCGAAUUUCAUGCCUCAUCAAUGGCAUUGGCUCUGCUGGAUCCGCAUAUAUUUGAGGCUUAUGGUGACGGUAUGCUAUCCCCGAAUGGCCUGGCAAGAGAUAAUGCCCUGCUAAUGCGUUUCUUUGCUGGCAAUGGACAAGAAUUGCAUUCUCUGGUGAAAACUUGGCCAGGUUUUGAACGCAUAUCGGACAAAAUAGCAAAAUAUUUGGCUCAUCAACGAGACAAUCUUAUACGCAGUCAAGCGCCUUCGGAUAGGGAUAUAAAAGUUCUCAACCAUGGCGAUUUAUGGGUCAAUAAUAUUCUCUUUAACUACGACGUCGUUAACAAUCGACCCGUUGAUGCAAUUUUCAUUGAUUUCCAAUUAAGCGUUUGGGGUAGUCCGGGCAUUGAUAUCAAUUAUUUCUUUUACACCAGUACCAAAUUGGAUGUACUACAGCAAAGGCGUCCACAAUUGCUGAAGCGCUAUCAUGACCGAUUGGCAGGUACCCUACUCGGAUUUAAUAUGGACAUACCAGUGCCCAGCUAUGAACAAAUCCUUCAGGAAGUGCAUCGUCGUGAGGCCUAUGGUUUCUUUGCCAACUACGGAAUAUUGCCCACCGUUAGCCAGGAUAAAGCCCAGACGGCAGAUAACAAUUUGGAGAAUUUCCAAUGUGAAGACUUUGCCAAGCAGAAGGUAAAACAAAUGUUCGCCUCAGCAAGAUUGGAGCAAACUUUGCGUUACACUUUGCCACAUUUUGAACGGGCCGGAGUCUUCGAUUAGUAUUCUAUGUAUAAUUAUUGACCAAAUUAAACACUUGUUAUAUAUUUUAAA